CCCGCCGGCUGCCGCCCGCCGCCUCCCUGCCCUGGCCUCCAGCGGCUCCGGGGUCCCCCCGCUUUAUCGCGUCCCCACCCCGUUGCAGGCGGCAUCGGCUGCGUGCUGCUGGGCUACGAAGACAGCUGCAGCCUGGAGAGCAGCGGCAGCAGCGGGACCCGGGACGCCGAGCCCAGCGACCCCCCGACGCCCCAACCUGCCCCCGGAGAGCUGGGCACGGGCGGGGGAAUGCUGCUGGACCUGGCCGUCAAGCGCCCCAUGGUCAGGUCAAAAAUCAAGUUCACCACUGGCACCUGCAACGAUGCUGCCCUGCAUAGCUGCGAGCUGUGUGGCAAAGGCUUUCGCCUGCAGAGGAUGCUCAACCGUCACAUCAAGUGCCACAGCCAGGUGAAGAGACACUUGUGCACCUUCUGUGGAAAAGGCUUCAACGACACCUUUGAUCUGAAAAGGCAUGUCCGGACCCAUACUGGCAUUCGUCCUUACAAGUGUGAGGUUUGCAACAAGGCCUUCACGCAGCGCUGCUCGCUGGAGUCGCACCUGAAGAAGAUCCACGGCGUGCAGCAGCAGUACGCCUACAAGCAGAGGAGGGACAAGCUGUACGUGUGCGAGGACUGCGGCUACACGGGCCCCACGCAGGAGGACCUGUACCUGCACGUCAGCGGCGUCCACCCCGGCAGCGCCUUCCUGAAGAAAACCUCCAAAAAACUCGCAGCCGUUCUGCAAACCAAACUCAGCCCCGUCCUGCAGAGGAACUCCAAAGAGGACGGCAAGGACGAGUGACACGGGGACUCACGGCGCUCAGCAGGAAUGAAGUUUACAUGUAGGACUACGUAUAUUAUUUUUUUAAGAACAGUUUUGAAA